GCAAAGAAGGUAGCACACGACAGCAGAGUAGAAGGGACAGCAACCAAAAGUUACAUGGAAGAGUCAUGCUUUCUCUUACAUGUUUUUAACACUUCGUCAUGGCUAAACAGUACGACUUCUUGUUCAGGCUGCUCAUGCUGGGAGACUCUGGCGUUGGAAAGACGUGCAUGUUGCGCAGGUUUACGGAGAGUGAGUUUGACCCGACACAUAUUUCCACCAUCGGAGUUGAUUUUAAAAUGAAAACACUAGAAAUAGAUGGAAUCAAGGUGCGAGUACAGAUAUGGGACACGGCUGGCCAGGAACGUUAUCAGACCAUCACCAAACAGUACUACAGACGUGCACAGGGUAUCAUCUUUGUUUACGACAUCACAAAUGAGCCAUCGUUUCAGCACAUAGCGAAGUGGGCCAGUGAUGUGGAUGAAUGUGCCCCAGACAAGGUGCAGAGGAUCUUAGUAGGAAACAAGUCUGAUGAGGAACCCAUGAGGCGAGUGACGAAGACAGAAGGAAGCAAGCUAGCAGAAACCUAUGGAAUGGACUUCUUUGAGACCAGUGCUUCGACCGGCAGUAAUAUCAGUGAGUCAUUCACCCGUGUGACAGAACUGGUGCUGCAGGCUCACAAGAGAGACGUGGACAACUUGUUAGGAUCUCUGGAUGAUUAUCUGGAUAAAGUGGCUCUGGAGGAAGAGAAGGGUAGACAAGAUAAUGAGGAGAACAUUCAGAGAACCUGCGCCUGUUAGCAGGAAGUGCCACGGCUGAUUUUUGAUGAUGUUUUUUUCUACUGUGACUUGAUUCAGCCCUCCUUCACCUUCUUUGUAGAUACUGUGGCCUGUUGACCAGGAGGGUGCUCAACUGGUUUCACUUUUUGUAUGUCUGGAAGUUGCAUGCAGGUAAAUGCAGUAAGCACCAGCUACCAGCAGAGGGACUGAAUAUCUCCAGUUCAUGAAGGCAUUUCUGUAUAUGUUUACUCCAGUGAAACUAUCAAUGCACACACUUAAAACAUUUCCUUUGAUGAAACGCAGUUUUGCACUACUACUUCAUCAAUUACUCUUCAAUUUACUUUUUUCCAUCACCUUUGCUUUCUUGUUGUUUUCCUAUUUAAUUUGUAGCCUACAGUACACAUUAAUUUGUAUUUUAUGGAUUCAUAUCAACAAAUCUGUUUAUUAAGGUGAGAAGAGUAUAAAGGCUACAACAAGGUAGCCAAGGAGGGCAAAGUUUAAUUAUUUACACCUAGAAACUCAAGCCGCGCAGGAAUAGAUUCAUUUACAAAACUGACUUAUUUCCUCAAAGCAAACAGUGUUGUGCCAUGUUCAGUAACAUGUCUGAAUGCAGUACAUGUUUAUUCACCAUCCUGAAUGUAUGUACAGUUUGUUUUAUGAAUGUGACUGGCAUUACCCCCUGUGGCAUUUAUAAGCGGUGUCACACCUGUUUGUAUUAUUUUUUUCAGGGUCGGUUGAGGUGCCACAGCCAUUGUAUUUUUAGCAGAAUGUUUGAAACUCAGUGAUGGUGCAAAAAAAUCAAGUAAUGUAUAAUGUUUUUGAGGUAAAUAAAUUGAACUUUUCAUAUUUAAAGAUAA